AGUGGGCCACAGCCCGCGCACUUUCUCUUCAUAAAAAUAAAACCCGAACUGCAAUUCAAAACCGCGGGUCAGGCUCCGAAUUCCCACGGUUCCCGCCCUCACCAAAACGAACACAUUUUUUUUUUUCCUUUAAAAACCUCCCCUUUUUGUUUUCUUUCAUUUUACUUUCAAUUUUCGGUUCUCAACAGGUGAGUACUCAGCAGCAUCUCUGAAACCACAUUUUGUUUUAAAAUUUUUCAUUUCUUUCUGAAGGACCCUUAUUUUUUUUUAUUUUCUUCUGUUUUUAACAGUUUUAAGCUGAAUUGGGGAUUUUUUUUUUUUAAAUAUAUAUUUCACAAUGAGCGGAGAUAACUUUACCAACGGGACACCCAAAGUCCGUCCUAUUUUAGGUGACAUAACAAAUCGAUUAGUUAAAAGGGGGUUUUCUUCGAUUUCGGACAAUUUAGGGUUUAAUUCUAAAGAAGAAGCAGAUUCCCAAUUCACAAAACGAGUUUGUUUAGGUGUCGGAAAUUUGGUCGAAGAGAAAUCUAAAAAACUCCAAUUUGAACCAAACCCUAAUAUUUUGCUUACUUGUAGAGGCGAAAGUGAUCCUUUAAAAGAGAAUUUGGUGUCCGUUAAUGACAAAGAUAGUGAGGUUAAAGAAGGGUUUGAUUUGUCUGAUAGUGAUGAUACAUUAGAUCAAGGAGAAGGUGUUACGGAAGUAGGGGAUACAUUGAAUGAUAGUUGUAGGAAUGAGGGUAAGGAUCUUGGCGUUGGUAGACUGGCGUCGAGUAAAGGUAGGUGUAUUGAGUGGUCGAGGUUGCCUAAGUCGUCGUCGCAGAGUUCUAGGUCAUUUGAGUUGGAGAGGUGUGAGGGACUCAAGCAUGGUGGUUGCAUGAAUUUGAAUGCCGGUAUUGAUAUGAUCAAAGCUUGCUCUUGUUCUUUUUGCUUGAAAGCUGCUUACAUUUGGUCGGACCUUCAUUAUCAGGAUGUCAAGGGUCGAAUAGCUGUUUUGAAAAAAAGUCAGAGAGAAGCAAGCAUUUUAGUUCAGAAAAGUGGCAGGGGGAAACAGACUGACAUUCAUAGCCAGGAAAAUGCCAAUAAAUCUUCAAAAUUAGAAUCUGACCUCACGAGUCAGUGGAGAUCUCUCUUUCUUAACAUGGAGGAUAUAUUUGUUCAUGAAAGCAACCAGCUUCAAGCCAGUUACAUUGCACUAAAAGAUUUGAGGGAAAAUUGCAAGAUGGAUCUGGAGCGGAUAACAGGGAUUCCUUCAGAGAAAUAAAAGUGUGCUUGUGAUGCUUCUUCUGAUUGUAAGAUCAUCUUGGUUCUCCAAAUUCAAGAAAUUUGUAUUUGUAUGUCUGCAUGUCUGUUCCUAUAACAGAUUCUAGGUUCUUGUUUGGUAAACUCUAAUGUGUUUAGAAUUGUCAGAAAUUGUAAACUUUAUAAUCUCAGUUUGUAAUGUUUGUUGUUUUGUAGUAUGUGCUUAACAAUAUUUUAACUUCCCAUCUUAUAAACUUGUUCGAUUGUACCUUCUACUUAGUCCUGUCAUUCUGUGUGGUUAGUGGUGAGUAUAUCCAAUUUGCUUGAAACCAAUCUAAUCCAUCUAAUUUACUACAAUAAUCAAUUGUAAUGAAGUCAAACCUGAACUUGAAGUGAACUAAACCAAACUUGAUCCUGAAUCAAGCUGAAUUAUUAUCUGUUUUCUAAGUAAAAUGUGAUGAAAUCCAAUCUAAACAUAAAAGAUCUUCCAACUUGCUUGAAACCUAGCUUGGAUAUUUUAAAAGGCAAUAGCUUGAGGUAAAAACAAAUUGAAAUUUAAAAUGAUUGAAAAGUUUAAAAUCCAACACGGCCUACACCAACUUGAACUAAUCCACCUAAUUAUCACCCUUCAUGUGGUAGAGCCUAUGACUGGUUUGGGUGGAUUUCUUAGCUACUGUACACCAUUAAUAUCGUUACUAUCUCCGUGGACAAAGUUUCCAGUUUAGGGAAUAACAACAUUGCAUUUUACGUGCUCAUCUUUGUUGAUUAUGCAUUAUAAUACGCUACUGUGGAUUAGUUAAGUGAGCAUAGAGUGUUGGAGGGACUAGUCAUUCAUAAUGAAGAGGGUUGCACAUUUUUAGUGGCAAAGAAGCAACAAAGUUUUGAUUCAUUGAAGGGAAAAUAAAUUAGCAAAUGAGUAGCUGAAACUGAUUGUUUUGCUUGUUUGCUUCCCUCCUUAUUGUCAACAAGUGUAAUGCACCAUAUUGGAAAUAGGCCUCUUGGCAUACUUUUGAUGUAGGCUGGAAUGCAUUGGCUGGGCUGCAUAAGAACCUAGUAGAAUAGCUUACAGUGUUUUGGAUAAGUAAAUGUACAUCUUUAUGGGUGGAAAGAUGUUGUAUAAUAGAAAAACUUGCAGACAGAAUAAAGCACAGGAAAUGUUAUUGAGACCACUUAAAAAAAAAAUGUAAUUUUGCAAAGCAUUCCAUAUUUAAUACACUAGUAGGGGUUGCUAAAAAUUUACUAGUAAUAGGAGUGGAACAGGGAACUUUGUUGCAUAUUAGUAUUGAAUUAUUGAUUGUGUGGCUAACUGUGCUAGUAAGGUAUGAAUUGAAUUGUUUACUUUCUUAGCUUUGUAAAUUGUAAGAAUGACAUAAGGAGUGAAGCCAGAAUUUUAUGGUAGAAGUAACUUUUUUGGCAUCCCAAGGUUAAAAGUAAGGGAGUUGAUUUUAAAAGAUUAUGCAACCAAAAAUUGUCCCAACUAAAUCCUUGAAUGCAAUAUUUGAGUUGGUUGCUUAUUAAUUUAUGAUUACCAAGUUGAAGAGUUCAGCCAUUUGUUUCAUUUCUUAGUAAAUCAUUCAAUGAGAUGAAUAUUGAUUUGGUAU